UCGACUUGAGUGGAGCGGACUGUGGUCCGCCGUCGUGAGGAAGCAUCGCACAGAUGAGGGGACAUUCUCGGAUUACUGUCACAUAUUUUUCCGUUUGAUUGUUACUACACACAAAGAGCAUAUUUUUCCCACGCACCGCCAGGAUCGUGCCUCCGCUGCGGGUCUUUCAGUCGGAGGGCUUGCCUGUUUUUCCUCCGGGAGGCUGAAUGGAAGCAGCAGCCGAGGGAGCGGUCGGGCUGUCGGAGGCCAGGGACGGGAGCCCGCUAUCUGUGGCCGCAGCAUCCGAUGAUGGGGACACGGUGGUUGGAGUUAGCUACGGGAUGGACGCCGCAGACAUGGAUGCUGCUGCAAAGAAAGCCUUCAUCACAGAGAUGCCCUCAUCCUCAGGCCAGCCUGGUCAGGGGAAGAAAAUUGGUCACAGAGGAGUGGAUGCAUCAGGAGAAACUACCUACAAGAAGACCACAUCCUCAGCCUUGAAAGGUGCCAUCCAGCUGGGCAUCGGUUACACAGUUGGCAACCUCAGCUCAAAGCCUGAGAGAGACGUGUUGAUGCAGGACUUCUACGUGGUGGAGAGCAUUUUUUUCCCCAGUGAAGGCAGCAACCUCACUCCAGCCCACCAUUUCCCAGACUUCCGCUUUAAAACAUAUGCUCCUGUUGCCUUCCGCUACUUCAGAGAACUGUUUGGCAUCAGGCCAGAUGACUACCUGUAUUCUCUAUGUAAUGAGCCAUUGAUUGAGCUGUCCAAUCCUGGGGCAAGUGGCUCAGUCUUCUAUCUAACAAAGGACGAUGAAUUCAUCAUCAAGACUGUGAUGCACAAGGAGGCUGAAUUCUUACAGAAACUGCUGCCUGGAUACUACAUGAACUUGAACCAGAACCCCCGCACUUUGCUGCCCAAGUUUUUCGGCCUGUACUGUGUUCAGUCAGGCGGGAAGAACAUCCGUGUGGUGGUGAUGAACAAUGUCCUCCCUCGUGUUGUUCGCAUGCACCUCAAAUAUGACCUGAAGGGCUCAACCUACAAGAGGCGAGCGUCCAAGAAGGAAAGAGAGAAGGCCAGGCCAACUUUCAAAGAUCUGGACUUCAUGCAGGACUUGCAGGACGGACUGAUGCUAGACCAGGACACUUACAAUGCUCUGGUUAAGACCCUACAGAGAGACUGCCUGGUGCUGGAAAGCUUUAAGAUCAUGGACUACAGUCUGCUGCUCGGGGUUCACAACAUGGACCAGGCAGAGAGGGAGAGGCAGAUGGAAGGAUCCCAGGGCGGCAGCGAUGAGAAGAGGCCUGUGGCCCAGCAGAAGGCCCUGUACUCCACAGCCAUGGAGUCCAUCCAGGGAGGAGCCGCCUGUGGAGGGUCCAUUGACACAGACGACACAAUGGGCGGUAUUCCAGCUGUGAAUGGAAAAGGAGAGAGACUUCUUCUCUACAUCGGAAUUAUCGACAUUCUACAAUCCUACAGGUUAAUCAAGAAACUGGAGCACACGUGGAAGGCUUUGGUUCAUGAUGGGGACACCGUGUCAGUCCACCGGCCAGGUUUCUAUGCCGAUAGGUUUUUCAAGUUCAUGAGCAACACGGUUUUCAAGAAGAGCUCCUCUCUGAAGUCAUCUCCAUCCAAAAAGGGUCGUGUGUCGUUGACAGUGCCUAAGUUAACUGGUCCUGGUGCUGCUUGGUCAGCCAGCCAGCUUCCCUCUGAGAGAGAUGAGAACAUCUACGAUCUGAGAGGAGCUCGCAGCUUCCCAACACUGGAGGAUGAGGGGCGACCAGAUCUCCUUCCAUGCACUCCUCCGUCAUUUGAAGAAGCCACAACAGCCUCAAUUGCUACCACUCUCUCUUCCACAACCUCUCUGUCCAUACCUGAGAGAUCUCCGUCUGACACAGCAGAGCACCCCCGCUACAGGAGGCACACCCAGUCUCUCAGCCAUGACGGGAGGACCCAGGAGGAGCUGCGUGUUCGUGAAGAGGAUCAGCAGACCAUCACAGUGGAGGUGGAGUUAAAGAGACCUGACAGUGAGCCCACAAUCUCCGUCCCACAGCCUCAACCUGAAAAAAGCGAAGUUCAAGAAGUAGCUGGUGCCGAGGCUCCUGAUGCUGCUGCAGCAGUGCCAUCUAGCUCUUCGUCAGCACCUGAAGCCGCCGCUGCUUCCUCCUCCUCUUCAACUGCCCCACCUGCUCCUACUUCUCCAGAGUCAGCUACGGAAACCCCAUCCAGUCCCAAGGUGGUGGUGGAGGCAGACCGGGCUAGUCAAGUGUCUGGCUCAGGAUGCACCAGCCAAGCUUCAGUUGAUGAUGAAGAUGACGUGCCAAUCACAGAUAUCUACUUUCCUCCAGAGGACAGGACCUGGGUGUACUCUCCGCUACACUAUGGCUCAGAGUCUAAGGCCCUGCCAGAUGGGGAUUGGGAAGGAGAGACAUAAACCCUGUUCUCUGGCAGAGUGAGGAGAGGACUCUUCAGUUUGAAGUCCAGGGCUCAGCGGUAGCAGCAGGAUCGCUGUCUGAACCAGGAUUUUAAACAUGCAUACAGAAACUGAACACAAUGAGGGAAAAGAGACAUGACUAACAGAGAGGAGAAAAAAACCUGACAGUGAUGAUAUCACUGAUUUCCAACCAUCCCUGCCUUUCACCCCUGGAAAAUGAAAAUGAUAUCAGUUACAUGCAGUGUGUGUGUUUGACAUACAGUAGUGCAUACACAUGUAGUCUUGUUUGUUUGACCCAAUAGAAGACUAUAGUAACUUACAGUGCCUGUGAAAAGAAUACUCCCCCUUUGAGGUUUUUGUUUGUUUUAUUGUCUUAGAUCACUGAUCCAAAGUAGAUCCCAUGUGACUUUUGAUAUCAAUCAGUCAAAAUAAUAAUUGAAUUAAAACAGAAAAUACAUGAACAACAACUGUCCAACCCCCUUCAGAGAUGUCAAAACCAUAAUUUGUUUAGCCGAUUAGUUAUGAAAGUAACACAUAACAGAGGCUUCCUGUUUUUCAUAUAUUAUUGGUUUUCACAUUAGCAACUAGUAAUACAGUCUGUCAUAUCAGUUAUAUAUUUCUACAUAAAGAACACACACAAAAUGUAUGAAAUAGAGACAUCUAUACAUUCCCUGCAGACAAGUCUCUAAGUCAACUGCCCUCUUCAUCCUUAAGUUCCACAUUAUUAAAAAAGACAAACCACUUUUGUAUUUUAUUUACACAUCAAUUCAAGUCAAACUUCAUGUCAGUAUUGUAAGAAAACCUCCUCCAUAGAGGAAUCUGUCAAGAAAAACAGGUCAUUAAAAAGUUGAAAAUAAGAUAGGGACAGAAAAGAAAUGAGUGUUUCAUGGACUUCAAUUUUAUAAAAUUAAGGAAGCCCUAAAGGGCCAUAUAUCUAUACACUUUAAUUAACUCAUUUUCCUUGAAAAGAAAUCAUGGAUUGUUUUCUUGAGAUCUUGAACUUGAUGUAUUGUUAUCUUAACAUUAUGACCCAGGUGUCCUCACGAAAACUAAGUGAUAUUUUUAUAUCAUGAGAAAACAACUGAAAUAAACUCAGUUUCAUGAGAAAACCACCUGUUACUUAAAGAUAAUGACAGAUAUAAGUAAAAUACUCCAGAAAAAAGGGCAAAUUUACUCAUCACCACAGGAAUACAGAGUAAAAGAAAAAUGUAUGGAUACAUGUCAUCCUGGGGCACCUGUAUAAAAUGAUAAGGUAAUGUGACCGCUUGGGGGAAUACAGUGUGAAUCUAUUCCACUCAGUUUAAUAAGACGAUGAAACCUUCAAGUGGGAUGAAUACCUUCUCUAGGCAUUGUACGGUAAGAUCUAGUUUAUUGAAGCUCAGCUUACAGACUCAGUUGGCUUGUCCACUCACUCCUGCAGAGCAGCACAAAGACAUUUGCAUGUAAGAGUAAGUGGGCAUAGCUGUGUUGUUUUAGGGCUCUGCCUGCAUUCAUAGAAUCAGAGUUACAUUGAUAACAUUACAUGGCCAAUCCAAAAGCAAUCAUGUAAAUGUCGGUCAUCCUAAAGUUUCCACAAAGUGAAUAUAUGCAGUUUAGUUCGUACUCGUAAGAACUGAACACUUAAUUUGCUUUAUCGAAUAUAUACAGUGAUCUGACAAUGUUUCAAUCAUAGCAUAAUUAUUUAUUAUUUAUAUCAACUGUUUUUAAUAUCAUUUUUAUUACUGAACUUUUAUUCAGCUGUUUUACCUUUUAUCACUGUGAACUUUUAUUUAUUCUGUCUCUGUAUUUUAUUUUAAUAUUAUCUGUUUUUCACUCUUAAUAUGCUUAAUGUUUUUGUUUUGCAUCCAAAGAACUUAUUUUUCAUCACUGCAGCUUUUUACUAGUUUCAGGUUGUGUUUAACAUCAUGUUUUAAAUGUUUCCAUUGUUAUCACAUUGUUCAGUACAUUGCUCAUGAAAAUGACUGAGGCUUACAACUUUGGCCUUUAGAGUAGAAGGGAAUCCUUUGCAACACUAAGGCAGGAGACGUUGUUAGCCAUUAUGGUAAUAUUCAGAUCAUCAUAAUGUCUUCCAGUGUUGCCCUAUUUUUAGACAAAUGAAUCAUUUGUAAGAAUAGUAUUUCAUAUUUUCUUUUUUGUGUAGCUGCAAAAUAAUCAGCAUAUCAGUGAUAGUUGAUAUAUCUGGUCCCCCUCACCUCCUGACAAUAAAAAUCUUAUCGACUGGACAUUUCAAAUGUUUGUAGAUGUAGGGCAUCAGUUGUAGAAUUUGCAGUCAAUAUUGUACAUGUUAUCUGUAUAUUUGAAUGAACACAGUACGUUGCAGUGUUGACUUGGUGAGACACAACAGUUUGUAAGUUGGUUGAAUGUUGUUUGCACUUAUCAAGAGGACCUGAAGAUGAACUAGUGAUAGAGGCCAAAUAAAGAUGCAUCACAUCAUCUUCAUUUCUGCUCACACAGGCUGAUCUUAAAACAGCAUUUAUGUUACGAUUAUCAAGUGUGUGUGUUGGUGAAGUCAAUCACAGUCAUUGUAGUGUUUACUGUAGUCUCUCUGUGGCUGACAUCUUAGGACUCUCAAGAAAACUUAAGUUUAAACUUAAACUAAUUUUUUAUUUAUAUCAGAAACAGUUCCUUCAGUUAGUCGGUACGUUUCUAUGUGUGUUUGUAUUUAAGGGAGGACACAUUAAUGUCAGCCAUUCUGAAACAGAAAUCAGUUCUUUCUAAUGAUGUGCAGUGGCCAGUUAUCAGUUUGCUGUUGUUCAUCAGAUGGAGACCAUAGCAGCAAUAUUUUGUACAGUCUAGCUUUUAAGUUCAAUAUUAUUGCCUUAUUGAGAAAUUUUACAUGUAGGCCUAUGGUUUAUAUUUUUUUCACUUGUGCUGUUGUAUUUAUUUUACUCUCAUAGUUGUGCUUCUGAGAAUGUGUACAUAAAAUUAUAAAUACAUAUAUAAAGAUAUACAAAUAUAUUUUCCAUUUGAAUCGGAGAAUAUUAUUUUUAUUUGGUUUUAUUUUUGCUGCUGGGCAAGAAAUAAUUGCAAUCAACAUAAUUGACUGUACCAUAUUCCUCAGUGUGUUUAUUGAGAUGCAGCUGCUGUAUAUUUAUGGUCUAUAAACCACAGCUGUUUCUUUGUAAGAUAUCCAAAAUUUAAAGAUUUGUGGGUUUUACUGUACAUGCAAAUCAAUAGGGAUUCUUCCAACUGUUCCAGCUGUGUUGUGUAUGUGUUUUCAAAUCGCUGUGUGCCCUCAUCCAAUAGGGAGAGUCCUUUACAGAGACAAAGCAUGAUUUCAAAAUGAAUAUGCAUAUCAGAAAUGUGUAUUUAUGUAUAUCUGUGUAUAUUCAUCUAUUUAUACAUGAGGAUAAAUAGAUGGCUGUAUGUGUGUGUGUUUGGACUCAAUCAGAAUGAAAACAAAAUAAAGCAGUUCUAUGAA